CGCGCCGAGCAUCGUUCCCGCACUUCCGGGCUGCAGGUGGCGGUCGGCUAUGGAGGACGAGCCGCCUCCGGUGGAGGAGCGGCGGCGGCUGCAGGAGGAGCUGAGCGAGUUCGUGGAGAACUGCUACCGGACCCUGGGGGAGGUGACGGCGUCCUUGGGCUGGAGCCUGGAUCAGCUGGACCCUGGGGAGGAGGAGGCGGCAGAGGGUGAAGUUGUGAUAUGUCCUUAUGAUUCCAAUCAUCACAUGCCUAAAUCAUCUCUACCUAAGCACAUGGCAUCCUGUAGAUUGAGGAAAAUGGGCUACACUAAAGAAGAAGAGGAUGAAUUAUAUAAUCCUGAUUUUUUCUACGAGAAUGCGAAGGUACCUUCAAUUACUUUGAAUAAGGACUCACAGUUCCAGAUCAUUAAUCAAGCUAGAACCAAAGUUGGAAAAGAUGGUGAUUGUUACAAUCAAAGAGUGUAUUCUUCACUGCCUGUUGAAGUUCCUCUCAAUCACAAACGGUUUGUUUGUGAUCUGACCCAAGCAGAUCGUCUUGCCCUUUAUGAUUUUGUUGUUGAGGAGACAAAGAAAAAGCGCUCUGAUUCCCAAAUCAUUGAAAACGACAGUGAUCUCUUUGUAGACCUGGCUGCCAAAGUCAAUCAAGAUAAUAGUCGGAAAAGUCCAAAGUCAUACCUUGAAAUCCUGGCAGAAGUUAGAGAUUAUAAAAGAAGACGUCAGUCCUAUAGAGCUAAGAAUGUUCAUAUAACCAAGAAAUCUUACACCGAGGUGAUUCGGGAUGUGAUAAAUGUCCACAUGGAGGAACUCAGUAACCACUGGCAAGAAGAGCAGGAAAAGGCAGAAGGUGACGCUGAAAAGAGUGAAGACAGGCGCUCGGCCUCAGUGGACUCGCGGCAGUCCGGUGGGAGCUAUCUGGACGCUGAGAGUUCACGCCAUCGGAGGGACCGCAGUCGGAGCCCGCAUAAACGGAAGAGGAACAGAGAGAGGGAGAAGAGCUCGGAGCCUGGGAGGAGGAAGGAGCGGGAUGGGGAAAGACAUCAUAGUCAUAAAAGAAGAAAGCAAAAAAUAUAAAGGAAUGUUCAUAUGUAUAAUUAAUUAUGCUUGUGUCAUUAUAAACACUGGUCUGAUAUUUUAAUUGUAAUUGCUUUGCACAGAGAGUGUCGAUGUGGUGUAUUUAGUGCUCAUUGUUUUUCAAUAAAUAUGCUUCAAAUCAUGAGUUUA